AUGUGUGUGACGGGGGCGCAUCCCGACACUGCCGUGUCGUACGCAUCGGUAUCGCGCACGACAGAGAGGCCCUUUCGGCCGAGACACGUUUCUGUCCGAACCAAAGAAUCUCUCGUUAUCCUGCGUCGCUCGGUCACCCGAUGGGAAUCUCGAAACGAAGGAGACAUACCCAUCCUAUACCGUCUCACCCGCUUACACCGUUUAGCAUACUCUGGCUUGCUGCUCGCUCCCGACCGGACUGGAGACACACCAAGAAUGUCACGACGUCGAUUAUCCUGGACUUGGCGUCUCGUAGUGAUCGCCGCUAGCGUAGUGACGUGGGGGUGCGCGGACGACUGGCAUCGGAGCGGACUACCGAACCAUCUAUCCUCGCCAUACGCGGUGUCCGCCGCAUCGCUCCGACUCUACGAACACCGCAACGGAACCGACAACGAUAUCGCGCUUCCGAGGGAUCCACGAAUACACCGCAACAGUCUCGUCCGUGAAUCAAGGACCACUCGACUCGUCACGUCCGACACGGACACGGAUCAAGCGCCUUCCUAUAACGAACCCCUCUUUCCGGCAACGACGAGACUCCAAAGUUUGAAAGACAAGACGGCAACACUUGAAGAACAAAAGAAACCUCUCGCGUUGGAGUUUGAGGAUACAGAGUUCGACGAUUAUACGGACCACCACGAGCAAAGGGAGUUAAUGGAUCCCAACACCGAGGACCCUUCCUCCUUACGGCUAGAAUCACCGCUUUCCUAUCGUUAUUACGGACGCAAUCAAGCGCGAACCCACUCGGCUGGAUCGAUUCCGUUUAUACUUCUCGGACCCAAUGUGGAUCACUGGAAAAUUACGGGCCAAGAAUUGGCGGCACGAGGAUUCAGUGUCAUGGCGUGCGAACGAACCAAGGGGGGCAGUGAUGGUGGCAACAGAGAGAGCUCAAACAGUGCAAUAGACGAAACACUGGACGCGGAAAUUGGCACCAAUUUGGUUCUGGAACUCAUGGAUGCGCUACGCUGGAACAAGGCAGUCUUGGUAGGCUGUGACAGUGAAUCCGUCUUGGCCAUUCAAGCAGCGGUGCAUUUGGCACCCGAACGGAUUGUGGGAUUUGUAUUGUGCGGGAAUCUAGAGAGUGCUCAAGAAUUUGCCGCGCAAUUUGAUGAUUCUGCUUCGCGCAAUAGUAAAACCCAAGCCUUGGCCAUUGAUCGAUUCCUUGCGCGCUACUUGGAAUGUCCAUACACCGUGGUUUGGGACGGAGAUGCCCCCAUCAACCCUGCGAACGGUGCCACGCCUGGCGUGGGUACCAGUAGCAGUAUCAUGUCCAUGAUGGAUACAGCGACUAUAGACCCGUUCCAUGGACAUCGGAGUUUGGUCGUUGGAGGUGGAACAGCUCCGCAUCGACGACGGCCGAAACUGUUCGCCUGGAUUUUGACUCGCUUUGUCGAAGAAAAGAUUGCCCCCGCCGUCUCGGUUACGCAAGCCCCUCGUGCUGGCGGUGGCAUGAUCAUGCCACCGCACCAGACAAAUGGGCACGAAGCAACAGAAACGGACACGCCCAAGUGGCACUUCCCACUGGCUUUUCGGCUGAACGAGUUCCUGACACCCGAAUCCAGGGUGGUCGUUGGACGGAUGAUCGCCUCGGUAUUACUCUACGGGACCGCAAUGAAGGUGGCUAUUGUUCAGUACGAGAAUGUACGCGAUGGGAUCUUCAUGGUAUCUUCCAUUCGCCAACGCGCCAUCCGAAUAGUUGGUUCCGUUUUGGGCUUUUUUGUGGGGCAAGGGACACGUCGUGAUCCUAGCAACACUGUGGCGGGACAUCGACUUGUGUCCCAAGCAGAGCCAAGUCCAAUAUUCGAAGCGGAUCAGGACGAAGUCGAGAAGAAACAAUUGGAAACGCUUGAAGAGCACGCGAAAGAAAAAGAAGACGCCUUCUUGGACGAGCCUACGGCUGACGAGAAAGCCAUUGACGGGCCCAAGAAAACCGAACAGAGUGUACCACAUCCGUCCGAACAAUUUCGGCCCAUUUUCUUUCUAGAUCACAGGUUUACUCCUUCAUUUCCAAUUCCUACAAAUUUGAAGCAAAUUGUUUUGGUCGUGAAUAUUGGAAUACGGAAUUCGCUCAAUUUUAACAAUGUCAUUUUGACCUUGAUCCGAAUGAUUUGGGCUCGAACGACAUACUUUUCUCCAUUCUUCUUUCCCGGCGUGUGCUCAAAGUAUGCAACAUCGCCAUUCAAAUUUAUCAUUCCUAUCUCCCCGCACGAAAUUAAUAUUUUGGCUGCUUGUGAGGCUGCUAUUCAUGACCAGACGAACCAGAAACAUACAAGUGAGAGAGACCUCAUUGCUGUCUUUAGCGAUGUCGAUGGAACACUAGUACAUUACCCUUCGGAUCUUGAUUUAUUGCCUAAAAUCAAAGGCAACCGGAUACUUCAGCUUCCGCCAAGCGCAACUGGUCUUCGAGGAGUAAUUUCCUCCAUAACGCUUCAACGUUGUCAAGAAAUUCGUCAAGAAGGCGUCGCCCUGGUACUUAGACUUCCGUACCUGCCAAAAGCAGAUGCUUACUGCAGCGAGGCUGGGGGCAGAAUUUUCUAUCCGGUGCAGUCUGGAGCUCGUUCCUUUACGCCUGAAGCUUACGACGGCGCCGACGACGAGGCCCUCAAACCGUUCGGUCUAUCUGAAGAUUUGAAAUGGAAAGCGUUGAUGUCUAUGGAAGAUGCCGCUGGAAAAGACGGUUACAGCGGAAACGAAAUAUUAGAUUUCAAGUCGGUUCAAAAGCCAGUCUCCGAACGCGAAGGCCUUCUGUGGACUUUUGCGACCGACCUUCUUCGCCGUGGCUAUAUUCUCGAUACCGACGGAUAUUCCUGUUGCUUUCGUAUCAAUGAAAAGCAGCAAACAAAUUCUUCGCUUUUUAAUUUACUUUUGAAUGGCGCUGUCAGCGUUCCAUCAGGCCUAUCUACCAGCACGAAUCUUGGUUGCGUCGACUUCUAUCCGAAUACGAGUGGAAAGAAGAACUGCUGUCAGUACAUUGCGCAAAAGUUGAGCGGCGGAUUGCCGGACGUCUUGAGCGAUCAUUGUGUAUGUCUUUGUGACGACGACAACGAUAUCGAAAUGGCAACCGCCUGCGCUCAUGCAUACUUGCCGGAUGUAAGCUCCACGAGUCUUGCCGACAUGAUUCGGUCGAAUCCGUCACAAUUCACGAGAACACAGGGCAAUGGCGUCGAAGGAACGGCUGCUACGGAUGCAGCUCUAGCUUUGGUUUUGCAACGGAUAUAA